AUGGCCCUGGUGGCCGCUACAGCUUCUUUGGCUUCACCGUCAGUCAACGUGGGAAUGAACGCUGCGUUCCCUCGUGCUCCAUAUUUGCUUGAACUUCUAGAAACUGCCGCUGGGGAAAAUUCAACAGCAUACUUCCCUCUACUUGACAAGAUUGCUGGUGGUCACUUUCAAUCAGCCAAUUCAGAUGCAGAGCUCUACGACCGUUUCAUCAAGGUCCUUGAGCAAGACGGGCACGUCACUACACCAGACGCCCUCUCAACUUUCAAGCUUGCUCUUUCACUACGUGCUGCCGCACCACGAAUAGAAGCACAUUACCAAUACUACAGUACAGCUGUCGAUUCAGUAUCCAAAGGAGACACCAAUGAGGAUUGCUCGACAUGGGCCUUGAUUGAUAGCAAGAAAUACUGUUCAGAAACUCUCGAUAAAGCCGUGGAAGGUGAAUUCUCCACAAGGCAAGCCAACUUAUUGCCGUUUGAUCGAGUCCUAGGGCUUGGAAAAGAUGCCAUUCUCUACGCGGACCCAACAUCUGCCUCUUUCGGCCCUUUCCACAUUGCGCUCUCCAAAGCUGCCAAGCAGGGAGAUAUGUCAUAUAGACUGCGAUAUCGCCGAAGCGCAGAGGCGCCCAAUACUCCUUUGUCUGUGAGCGGCUAUGGUGUCAAGCUGGACCUAAAGAGAACUGACUACAUUGUUAUUGAUGAUCGUGAAGCCAGCCAGGAAGGCAAACAGAAACCUGCCACAGCCGACGUCGAUCUUGACACAAAUGAAGAUGUUGCUGAUUUGAAGCCUCUCUCAACCUCCGAGCUAGCAUCUUUAGGCCUAAAGACUGCUUCGUUCAUUCUAAAUAGUGAAAAUCCUCUCGAUGCUUUGGUCAAAUCGACCCAGGAUUUCCCCAAGUUCUCAGCAUCGAUUGCCACUCAUGAAGUCACAAAAGAGUUUGCUGUAGAGCAGGAGAAAAACGUUGCUGCCGGUAUUCCCAGUGGCAUCAACUUUCUCUGGAUGAACGGUGUCCAACUUAUUGAGCGCCAAAUUGAGCCAUUUACGCUCAUUGAGAUGAUUCGCCGUGAGCGCAAGCUGAUCGAUGGAGUUCGUGAUCUUGGUUUCAAUGGCCAGCAAGCUAAUUCACUUCUUGGACAUUCUGAAGUUGCCAGCUCCAAGGCUGAGGAUGAACCGUCCAGGUUCGACUGGACAGAUCGAUUAGAGGAGGGCAAAGCACUCUUGUGGUUGAAUGACCUCGAGAAGGACGCUCGAUACCAGAAGCUCCCAAGCGAUUUGACAGCACUCCUUCAGCGUACAUAUCCUGGACAACUUCCGCAGGUGGCUCUUAACCUCUUCCACAUUGUGGCACCAGUUGACUUCACCAAUAUUGAGGAUGGACGAGCAUUUGGUCAACUAGCCCAGUUCAUGCAACGCGGUGUCACCUUGAGGUUCGGCAUACUUCCCUUGGCCACUACGCCUGCUUCUGCUGCUCAGGCCAAGGUCGUUUAUCAUUUAAUGGAAACAUAUGGAUUCGAGUCCCUCAUUACUUAUCUCCAAGAGAGUGAAGAGGGGCCAGAGGGUGCGGCCAACAAGAAGGCUUUCACCAGGGCUAUUGAUGGACGAGAAACACUACCAGGAGCCACCAAAAUGACAUUGGCCGAGAUUCUCGAAGCCGAUACUUAUAAGCAGAAGGUGGAAGCAAGCAAGGCUUGGGCUAGCCGACUCAAUGCUGACACUGCCGUGCGUCCUGUCUUUGUGAAUGGUUUGGCUAUUUCACGUGAGAAGUCGUGGGUUCAGGUCAUGGGCCAGCGAUUAACCGAGGAUCAACAGGCAAUCCAGAAGGCUGUGUACUUUGGACAAAUUGAAGAGGGGACGCCUGUUUCGGAUCUCUUCCUCCGUGACGCUCUUUCCAAGCGCAACACGUACAUCUUUCCUGACGAUGAGAAAGCCCUUCGCGUUGUUGAUGUCAACAAGCUUCAUAAGGACUUUGCGGGACUAUUCAGCAACAUUGCCGUCCUUCCCUCAGACUCGAAGGCUUCCAAAGAAAGCUGGGCUGUGCUCACAGUCGUCGCCGACCUUGGAACCGGUGACGGACAAGACCUUCUUCUUGCUGCCCUUAAAUUCAAACGAAAGAAUCCUGGCGUUCGGCUUGACCUUGUUCACAACCCGCCGUCAUCCGCAGAGGCUCAUGCCAUCAAUGGCGCCUUCAAGCUUAACGAAGGCAAGCUUGCUGAGAUGAAGAGUAAGGAUGAUCUGAAAGCCAUUCUUGAGGCGUCUUGGACAGCUGAAGAUGAUGGCCUUGGCACUGCGCUUGCCGACUUCCUCUCUGCUUCGAAAAUUCUCCCUGGUACAAAGGGAUUACUCCUCAACGGCCGAGUCGUCGGUCCCCUGCCGUCCCAUGUCUCUUUCAAGGAGGACGAUUUGCAGCAGCUAUUGGAAUUUGAGCAGCGAAAUAGGAUACUUCCUGUUUAUGCUGCGAUUAAAGACCUUGGCUUCGAAGAUAAGCUUUUGGAUCCCAUUGCAGCCGCCAAGCUCACCUCAAUCACGGCACUCUCUACUAUUUCUGAUCUCCCUCAAGGCAUCUUUGAGUCGGCCCCGUCCAUUCGAAGCUCCAUGUACAACACUUGGAACUCUACUCAUAGCGCUAUUGAAGUCGGCAACCCCGAAACUGCAAGUGUUCAUAUCGCUGGUCUCCUGAAUCCUACCAGUGAACAAGGUCAGAGAUGGGCACCCAUCCUCAAGGUCUUGUCUGAGCUCGAUGGAGUGUAUCUGAAGCUUUUUAUGAACCCGAAGGAAGUAGUCGGAGAACUCCCCAUCACGCGAUUCUUCCGUUACGUACUUGACUCAAAGCCUUCUUUUGAUCAGGCUGGCCAUGUUCAGAACCCUAAGGCGACUUUCAAAGGCCUUCCCUCUGAAGCUCUAUUAACAGCAGGCAUGGAUGUACCUCCUGCUUGGCUAGUGGCUGCUAAAGAGUCUGUACAGGAUCUGGACAACAUCAAGCUGAGCUCUGUCAAAGCCGACAUCGAUGUGAUUUAUGAACUGGAGAAUAUUUUGAUUGAAGGUCACUCCAGAGAUGGCAAGCGAGGUGCACCAAGAGGUGCACAAUUGACCAUAGCCACGGAAAAGGAUCCCCUUAUCACAGAUACCAUAGUCAUGGCCAAUCUGGGCUACUUCCAAUUUAAGGCAAACCCUGGUUUUUACAAUAUUCAACUCAAGCAAGGCCGAACGUCGAAAAUCUUCACCAUCGAGAGUGUCGGUGCUCACGGAUAUGCUCCUGUUCCCGGAGACGAAGGCACGGAAAUCGCCCUCAUGGACUUCAAGGGUACGACCCUGUAUCCUCGUCUCAACCGCAAGCCAGGAAUGGAAGAAGUCGAUGUACUGGAAUCUCCAGACAGCGAAGCCAGCGGAAUUGUUGCCAAGGGCCUCAAGUUUGCCGAAAGUCUUCUCGGAGGGGCCAAGUCUCCUAAAGAGAUUUCGGCCGAAGAACAUGCUGAAAUUAACAUAUUCAGUGUUGCCAGUGGUCACUUGUACGAGCGCAUGCUCAACAUCAUGAUGGUAUCGGUUAUGCGUAACACCAAGCACACCGUCAAGUUCUGGUUUAUUGAGCAGUUCUUGUCUCCCUCGUUCAAGGAAUUCAUUCCUUAUAUGGCUGCUGAGUAUGGUUUCAAGUACGAGAUGGUUACUUACAGGUGGCCUCAUUGGCUUCGCCAACAAAAAGAGAAGCAGCGUGAGAUUUGGGGGUACAAGAUCCUGUUCCUUGAUGUAUUGUUUCCGCUUUCCCUGGACAAGGUAAUCUUUGUCGAUGCUGAUCAAAUCGUCCGCACUGAUAUGAUUGACCUUGUGAACCAUGACCUAGAAGGUGCUCCGUACGGUUUCACGCCCAUGUGCGACUCGCGCACUGAGAUGGAAGGCUUCAGAUUCUGGAAACAGGGCUACUGGGCGAACUAUCUUCGCGGGCUGCCGUACCAUAUCUCAGCCCUCUACGUUGUUGACCUUAACCGGUUCCGCCAGCUGGCAGCAGGAGACCGCCUUCGACAGCAGUACCACGCACUCUCGGCUGACCCUAACAGCUUGUCCAACCUGGACCAGGACCUGCCAAACAACAUGCAAUUCACAAUUCCAAUCCACAGUCUUCCUCAAGAGUGGCUCUGGUGUGAGACGUGGUGCAGCGACGAGAGUCUGGCCCAGGCGCGUACCAUUGACUUGUGUAACAAUCCGCAGACAAAGGAGCCCAAACUCGAUCGCGCCAGGAGGCAAGUCCCAGAAUGGUCUGUCUACGAUGAGGAGAUUGCGGCGCUGAAUCGUCGACGCAAGGUUGUUGGAGAUAUGAGUGAGAAGAACCCGAAGAGCAGGACGAUGGAGGAGGAAGUGCAUACAAAGGACGAGCUUUGA